AUGGCACAUAUAGACAUUCCCAUGAAGGAUAUUUACUUUUCAUCCAAGAAAGGUGCAUUCCUGAAUAUAACAACAUCGUCACGUCUAGACCAUUCCCUUAAACAACAGAUAGAUAAAAUGAUUACCGUACCUUCGAGUCAUCGUAUUAUCAUUCCAUCUGCAAUUGAACUGGAAAGCUUUAGGAAAGAAGUGAAGUCAAUUUUCAUCGAAACGUUUGAUGAUGUGUUUGUCGUUAGUCAUGACCAUCUUCCUGAUACUAUUGGAAGCACUGCAAUUGUUCCACUACAUAAAAUGGCAACCCAUUACGUUGUAAUAUCGACAGAGCCAACAUCAAAGAAGAAGAGUCAGUUUGCUAUAGCUGCUCUUAAAAAUAACACGUCAGUUUCAAUAACUUUUAAGAUGAAACGAAACAUUUUUUUGUAUAUCGAUGGAAAGUCAUUUUUGAAUGGCGAUGUAUACAAUUUAACACUUGAUCGAUUUGAAACAUAUCAGAUUUCCCAUGAAACGGAUUUGACAGGAACAGUUAUUGAAUCGUCUGUACCUAUCGCAGUUUUUUCGGGAAAUACUUGUAAUAGGCUUGAAAAUAUUGGCGCCUGUGAUCAUCUUAUUCAACAAAUAAUUCCAACUAGAGAAUUAGACAAAACAUACAUAGUACCCCCAAAUACAAACGAUCGAAGAACAAAGGUUCGUAUAACAGCGACAGAAAGCAGCAACAUAAUGUACACAGUUAAUGGAAUAACUCAAACAGUAACAAUUAAUAAAUUGGAUUCUUUCGACACGAUUCUAUCCAGUAGACGAGCGUGUGUGAUUGAAUCAAAGACACCUAUAACUGUCACCAGUUUUGGUUUACGCUCUAGCAAAUCUACAAUGGGCGAUCCUUCCAUGACGGUUGUUCCGGGGAUAAAUCAAUACAUUGAUUACUACAAAACAGUGGUACCAUCCGGUUUCAGUUUUAACUAUGUAACUAUUAUGAUAAAACAAUCUUUAAAAGAUUCUAUCCGAAUUAACAACACAUUGACAAACGGAAGCAAUAUUGUAUUUGAAGAAAAUGUAUCAUUUAUGAACUUAACAUACAACGUGAGGUCUAUUAGAGUACCGGAGGGUGAAAUUUCUGUGUCUACAACUUGUGGGGAACAUUUUGGACUCAUGUUUUCGGGAGUUAAAACUUAUGCUGCAUAUGGUUUUAGUGCGAUACUGCUGUAGAACCUGAAAUAUUUGGUUCAGAUUGGGUCUAUUUAAAUUAACACCAUGAGGUACAUAUAGUAAGGGGAUUGGGAGGCUUUAUAACAUUUUUUCUCAAACUUUUACUUGUUUGCCAUUUUGUAAAACAAUGGAUGGUAAUCAAUCCAUGUUUUUUAAAAGAUUACCCGACAAGACAUGAGUUUCAUGUGUUUAAAAAGACAUUAAGAUUAAUAAUUAAGCGGAUUAUAGCGGGAAACAAUUAGCGGUGUUCGUGUCAGCCGAUUCAUUUUUAAUAAUGAUUUUCACAGACAACACUCGAUGCAAAUUGUUAAAUAUUUAGUGUUACAAAGUAAAACCUCGAAAUAAUAACUUUUCGAGACUAACGGCAAAAGAAGGCAUCGCGAGAAUGUUAGAUGUACAAGUGUAACAUUGUUUGUUGAAAGAAAAUUUUUUACCUGUACAUAGUUUAUAAAUCUGUACAUAGGUCAUAACUCAUCCUUAGAAUUAUUAUGAUCCUGUUAUGCAUGACAGAAAUGAAAGUUAUUAUCAUGAGAUUGAUUUUGGUCAAAUUUAGGCUUUUAUGUCAGAAGUUUUUUUUUUUAUUAUGAUUACAGUGUGUUUUGGUAGAGAGAAAGUUGUAAGUGCAUUUUUAAUGGGUUUUUUUCUAGAUUUUGAAUAUUAAAAAUUCUAAAAAUCCGUGUAGGACAAGAAAAACAACUGGAAUGAUAUUUUUACUCAGUAUUCAUGUACCAACAGGUAUCAGAAAACUAACAGACAUAAGAAACAUUUCAAACCAAGCAGUUGAUUAUUGAUUAGGCAAUUGUACUUUAACAUAAAUAUGAGAUUAUAUAUCCAUAAAAUUGAAAUUGUUUUACCGUUCCGACAUUGAAAC